AGCCGGGGUUUAGCUAACACGAACACGGCGGCGGAGCGGACCGGUGGACCUCCGCUUGGUGGUUUUUAUCCCCCCAAAACAUUGAAACUACGUGGACUUCAAGAUCUGUCGACUGAGUUAGGAGACUGAGAGUAUGCAGUUGGAGCCACGGGUAGCGUAGAAUGAAGAGCCCGGCGCACCGCACCAGAGACAUCGAGCGGCAGCCCGGCUAUCUGAAGCCCGAGCACUGCGUCCCUCCCCCGCCCCGCAGCGGCUCGGACACCAUGUGGUUCAUCCGCGACGGCUGCGGCAUCGCGUGCGGCGUCAUCACCUGGCUCCUGGUCGUCUACGCCGAGUUCGUGGUGAUGUUCGUGAUGCUGCUGCCGGCCAAAAACGUGGUCUACAGCCUCUUCAACGGCGUGCUCUUCAACGGCCUCGCCUUCCUCGCUCUGGCCUCCCACGCCAAGGCCAUGUGCACAGACCCGGGAGCUGUGCCCAAAGGGAACGCAACCAAAGAAUUCAUCGAAAGCCUGCAGCUCAAACCAGGACAGGUGGUGUACAAGUGUCCGAAGUGCUGCAGCAUCAAGCCUGACAGAGCCCACCACUGCAGUGUUUGUAAACGCUGCAUCAGAAAGAUGGACCACCACUGUCCCUGGGUGAACAACUGUGUUGGAGAAAACAACCAGAAAUACUUUGUGCUCUUCACUAUGUACAUCGCGAUAAUAUCCCUUCACGCAUUGAUGAUGGUGGCCUUCCACUUUGUCUUCUGCUUUGAAGCCGACUGGGGAAAGUGCAGCGGCUUCUCUCCACCGGUGACGGUCGUCCUCCUCAUCCUUCUCAGCUUCGAGGGCCUCCUCUUCCUCAUCUUCACCGCGGUCAUGUUUGGGACUCAGGUCCACUCCAUCUGCUCCGACGAGACGGGCAUCGAGCAGCUUAAGAAGGAGGAGAGAAGAUGGGCCAAAAGGUCCAAAUGGAUGAACAUGAAGGUGGUGUUCGGCCACCCGUUCUCGAUAGCUUGGCUCAGCCCGUUCGCGACGCCGGGCCACGGCAAGACGGACGUGUACCAGUAUAUAGUGUAA